CCACAAUAUCAGUCUCUCCGCUGCGCAUCGUCGAAACGGAAGGAAAAUUGCUUUUAUUCCCUGCGAUCUGUGUUUCGUGUUGAACUCGAGUUUUUACUUCGUUUGUUAUCUUUUCAAUUUCACUUGGAUGUGCAAUUGCCGACGCUAAAAAUACGUACCACAUACAAGAAAUAAAGAGUAUCGUCCGACGCUCAGUUUAAAUAAAAUAAAAAAUUUAGAAAACGCCACGUUCUCGCGUUCUAAAAAACUCUCCCAUAAAACACUCAAAGCCAGCACAUUACAUAUAUUCGACCACGCUGUAUAAUUAGUUACUUGCCGCUGAUAUUUCAAACAAGCCGCAUAGCAACAAUAGUCCCAAACAUUUCAAAAGAUCUGAAGUGAGACGACUUUUUAAUCGAAAUAAACGUGUGUGUUUAGUUCUCAAGAACCACUAAUAAACCCAUCGAACAGAGAGUGAAAUCGGUAAAAAGUUAUAUACACCUUACCCAGUGCGUUUCCAAUGUAGCCCUUCAUGGAUAAUUAACACGAGAGCGUUGUGUGACUAUAUAGCAAAAUCGUGUUAAAGCAAAUUUUCGCAGUGGCUGAAUUUAGCAGCGAUCCAACAAAUAGUGCCCCUUAAUCAUCUCAAAACCCCAGCGAAUUUCUCUCAUUUGUCAGCGCGGAAUUUGCCUGAGUCACAAGCCAUUUCAAUUUUCCGUUCUUCAAAUGGGUUGACUUGUGAUACUGCAGCUUCCUGGACCCGGGAAACAAAAGGGAUACAACUUGAACCUCAAAAGACAUAGCCAAAGUCCACAGACCCACCGCCAACCACCGAAACCAAUUAAAGGCAAUAGUUACGCAAAUAUAAACACCUGGAAACCGUUGGAAUCUCUGCUUGAAAGCAGUGCACCACCCAUGAACCACUCGGCCAAGACGCUCAACAGCGUGGCCACCGAGAUCAGCACCUCCUGCUCCUCCAGCACCUUCACCAUCCAUCCACAGAACCAUCUGCACACUGGCCACCUGAUUGCCCACCGCCUUGGACACUCCUACGCCGCUCGUGCCGAUCACAAUUAUUUGGGUUAAGUCCCCAUCAAAAAUCGAGUAGAAUCUGAAC